AUGAUGUCUAAGCACGGAUUCUGUAGCAACUGCAGUACAACGGCAACACCUCUGUGGAGAAGAGCAGGCGAUGGCAGUUACCUGUGCAAUGCCUGUGGACUUUACUAUAAGAUACAUGGAAAGAAAAGACCGAUUAGUUUCAAGGCUGAAUCGGUGAAACCAAGAAUACGGCUUAAGAAGAACAGUGCAUGUUCUGAUGAUGUGUAUCUCAGCUAUGAAAGUGUGGAUGGAGACGAUGAUAAUGUAGCAGAAAACGAGCAAGGCUACAGUAAAGAUCAAGGCAUCUAUGAAAGCAAGAAUAUCAAAUAUAAUAUUAUUGAGUGCUAUAGUCAAGCAGAAUCAGGAUGUAUCAAGAGCAGCAAUACAAAGAGAUGCAAGCCAUCUACUACGGGCCGUACUAAAUAUAAUGGCAUGGUAAAUCAAUAUUUAUUGAUGAAUAGUUCAUCUGGGAAGUCUAUGAGUUAUAUGGAGGAAGAUUAUAUGAAGUCUUUGCCAAGAAGGCACUUUGACAGAAGAAUGUGCACGAUACCAUUGUUUAUUGAUGGUUCAAGCAAUGAAAAAUUGUAUGCAGAGGCAACAUUUAUCAAGAAUCCAUGGAUGGAAGGAACGGGAGAUAAGGAUUUAGAGGCAAUCGCCGUAAAUGCACUAGUUGAGAUGUCCCGUGGAGAGAUAUGCGAUUAA